AUGGCAGAAUCCGAUUCUUCUGACUCUGACCUGCUGUGGUAUUUAGAGAAGCUCAGCAGAAAGGAAUGUCACAGUCUGAGGAACCAGCUGGGACAAGAAUGCGUGGAGAUUGGACUCCCACCCAUCCCCAGGCUCGAGCUAAGCGAAGAAAAUCCAGACCUGGCCAACCAGUUGACAACGUUUUAUGAGGCCCAGCACCUCUGGAAUUUAAUGUACAACAUCUUCCAGAAGAUCCCUCGGAAAGACCUCUGUGAGAAGAUCAACGAUAGGCGGAACCGGAACAAAGAAGCACACAAGAUUCUCAUCAAGGAAAAGCUCCAGGGAGAAAGAUGCCUUCAUAACCGUAUUCAUGACAUACUCUGUCAGGACAUGAUCCUAGAACUUGUCAACAAAUUUGAUUUUGUCUUUCAUCAUGUGAGUCCGGAGGCUGCCAAGGCCCUGAAUGUGUUUCUGAUCGGACAGGAAGCAUCUGGGAAAACGAUGGUUCUAAGAGGGGCGCUGUUUGAGUGGGCCAAUGGCAACCUCUGGGCGGAUGUGUUCUCUUACGUGAUUCACCUCUCUUCUCAUGACAUCAAUCAGAUGACCUCUGGCAGCUUGGUGGCGCUGAUCUCCAAGGACUGGCCUGAGGGCCGGGCUCCCGUCGCUGACAUCCUCUCUGAGCCCCAGAAGAUCCUGUUUAUCCUUGAGGACUUGGAUGACAUGGAACUCACGUUCCGCAUAAGCCCGCAGGCUCUGUGCACCGACAGCAGGCAGCAGGUGUCCACGCCCGUCCUCGUGGCCAGUUUGCUGACCAGAAAGCUGGCCCCGGGCUGUCGCUUCCUCAUCACGUCCAGGCCCCGAGGCCAGGCUGUCACCUGGACGAUCAUGAAGAAGACAGACAUGCUCAUGACCCUGUCGUUCUCCCGUGAAAAGAGGCACAAGUAUUUCACCUUAUUCUUUAAGGACGGUCAGAGCGCCGAGGCGGCCUUCCAGCUGGUACAGAGGAAUGAGCUCUUCUUGCACCUGUGCCAAGCCCCCAUCCUCUGCUGGGCCACUUGCGUCGCCCUGCAGCGGCAAAUGAACCAGGGGGCUGAUUUGAAACGCUCGUGCCAAACGCUCACCGACAUCUACACUCAUUUUCUGGCGGACACGCUGACCGCCCAGGCUGCCGACCAGCGGCCCGUGGUCCCCCUGCAAAGUCUCUGCUCACUGGCGCUGGAAGGGUUGCUCCAUAACACGUUGCACUUCGCCGAGGAGGACCUCAGGAGCGUGGGGUUCACCCAGGCGGAUGUCUCCACGUUGCAGACCCUGGAGAUUCUCUGGCCCAGCAGCCACCUGAAAGGCCAUUACAGGUUCAUACACUCAAAAGUCCAGGAGUUCUGUGCAGCCGUCGCGUUCAUGCUGCCGCUGGCCGAGCACGGGAUCCCCUCGGCCUGGGGGAGGUGUAAAGGGAAGCGGGAACUAUAUGAUGAUUUCAGUCCCGUCAUUGCUUCUAUGUUCGGUCUUCUUAACAAGAAGAGGAGGAAAACUUUCGAGACGGCCCUUGGCUGCCGUCUCCUGACAGACUAUGUCAGCCAGUACCUCCUCACGGAAAUGAGGUGUUUUGGUGAUAAUUUGAAAGCCAUUGGGCACCACACACCUUUGUUUCAUGGUCUCUUUGAGAACCAGGAGGAAGAAUAUGUGAAACGGAUCAUGGACUCCUUUUCAGAAGCGAAUAUUUAUGUUAGAGACCACCGGGAUCUGAUGGUUUCAUCCUACUGUCUGGGGUACUGCCAGCGUCUACAGAAACUUAAGUUGAGUAUUCAAAACAUCUUUGAAAAGAAGUCUAAUGAGCAAUCAACUCCUAGGUUGACCUAUUUCUCGGUCGACACCAGGUUUGAAGACAUGUUCAAGGCAAUUGUUCACAACCGGAACCUGACAUGCCUUUGCCUGAGUUGCAUGCCCAUCUCUUCAAAGGUGUUUUCACUUCUGCACGAGGUCUUGGCCAAUCCGAUGUGCAGCAUCCAGCAUCUGAGCUUAAUGAAGUGUGAUUUGGAAGCCAGUGCCUACCAAGAACUUGCCUCUCUCCUCCUCAGCAGCAAGAACCUGAAGAAACUUACCUUGUCCAAAAAUGCUCUGAGUAGAGAUGGGAUGGAAGUUUUCUGUGAUGCUCUGUUCCAUCCAGACUGUGUUCUCGAGUCGCUGGUGUAA